AUGCAAAUCAACAUCGCUUACGUCGUCGCCGGUCUCCUUGUCUUUGUCUCAUCAAACUUUGGUGAAGCCGAUGCUCGCAUGAUGACUACCAGCUACAAAGGCGUAGAAGCUCACCGUGCACACAAACGUCAGGCAGAUGGGUAUGUUCCACACACCGCUACUGCUUAUGGCGGCCCCAACAAUUCCGCGGCUGCUCAACCAAUUAUGGGAAGUGGAGCCGUCCAUAACGUGGCAGGGACAUCUACACCACCUACCAACACACCUGUUGAAGGCUCAUCCCACCCGGAAUCAGGUUCAAUUGUUUCGCCGAUUUCCAAACAAGCCCCCGUCUCUGCUACCACCCCACUUCCUCCUUACUCAUCGCGUCCUAACGCUUCAGCUGGAAGUGCUCCUCAAGCGUCCAGCCCACAAAUCAUUUCGCCUACCUCUCAACGACCUGUUGGGGGCUCAUCUCCUGCGGAAUUAGGUUCAAUCGUUUCACCAAUUUCCAAACCAGCCCCCGUCUCUGCUACCACCCCACUUCCUCCUUACUCGUCGCGUCCUAACGCUUCAGCUGGAAGUGCUCCUGAAGCGUCCAGUCCACAAAUGCUUUCGCCUACCUCUCAACGACCUGUUGGGGGCUCAUCUCCUGCGGAAUCGGGUUCAAUUGUUUCACCAAUCUCGAAGGCGCCUGUCUCUGCUACCAUCCCACCGCCUCCUUACUCAUCGCGUCCUAAUGCCUCAGUUGAAAGUGCUCCCACAGCAUCCAGCCCUCAAAUCCUUUCGCCUACCUCUCAACACCCUGUUGGCGUAGAAUCACCAUCAUCAUCAGGAUCUGAAGGACCAGUCCCAGCACCUCUCAAUGGCGAAGAAUCUAACACCUCAUCUGGUGCCCCUCAUCACGGAAAGGCGCCUACCACGCCAAUUACUCGGGCUUCUCCCGUCCAAUCAUCAGGCGGAUCUCCUCUUCCUUUGUCUGAUUCCAUGCCUAUUCCCAACGGUGGCGUCGACACAUUACCCAUCCCCAUCCCAUCAGGCGGUCCUCGUGGGACACCCACUCCAUUCGGAAGCAACGCCCCUCUUCCAACUGCUGCGCGACCACUCAUUGUGCCGGGACCUGGAUUUGCAGGUCCUGGACCUGUACUCGGUGGCCCCGUCCCUGUACUCGGUGGACCGGGCUUUGGAGGUCCCAUUCCUGUACCUUUGGACUUGGUGGCCCAUCAGAAGGAUUCCUUGGAGGCUCACAUUUCGGUGUUGGAGCACAAGUUGGUCAAGGAGUUGGUGUUGGUCCAGCAGGUGUUGGAGCUGGUGCAGGCUUUGGUGUUGGAGCCGACUUCGGUGCCGGUCAAGGCUUAG